AUGAAUGGGUUUGCACACAAACUCCUGAAUCUUGAGAUUCUUCCCGAGCACGACGUCAUGCUGAUUUGCACCAAGGUGUCUGAAAUUCUGAUCUCCGAGCCGAACGUUCCCUCCGUGCAUUCACCGGUAACAAUCUGUGGAGACAUUCAUGGCCAGUUUUUUGAUUUGGUAAGCAUGCUAUGCAUAGAUGGGAUGCCUUCGCAGAGAAAGUAUGUGUUUCUGGGCGAUUAUGUUGACCGAGGCAAAAACUCUCUUGAGUGCAUUCUCUUUCUGUUUGUGCUGAAGAUCAUCUAUCCAGACAGCAUUCUUUUGAUAAGAGGAAACCACGAGCAGGCUGUCAUCAACCGGGUGUAUGGCUUCUAUGACGAAGUAAUUGAGAAGUAUGGCAGUAGCAGGGUGUGGCGAAUAAUAAACGAGGUGUUUUGCUUGAUGAAUGUUGGAUGCCUGGUUGAUGGGCGCGUGCUGUGCGUGCAUGGUGGAAUCUCUCCGAAGAUCACCUCUAUCAACCAAAUGAAAAGGAUCGAUAGAAUGGCGCCGAUUUCAGACAGUAGCGAGUUUUCAGACAUUAUGUGGGGAGAUCCAUAUGAUGGCCGGGGGUUCCAGCCAAGCCCACGAGGAAGCGGGUAUUUGUAUGGAAGCGAUGUUGUGUGCAGGUUUCUUGAGCUGAACAAUCUUGUUAGCAUUGUAAGGUCUCACCAGCUUGUGAUAGAAGGGUACAAGUUCCAUUUUGACGAAAGAAACGUGAUAACUGUGUGGAGUGCGCCAAACUACUUGGGAAAGUGCGGAAACCCUGCAAGCAUUCUUCGGAUCGACGAAGAUUUGGAUAUUUCCGACAAGGACUUCUGUGUAUUCAAGGCCACGCCUCAGAAGCGAGAGUUCCUUAGGAUGCCCGAUAGGUUUGGCAUUUGA